CAUCAACGACUAUUUAUAUUUCCGCUCAUGAAAAGGCGAUCUACCAUCUGCCACGCCACAUCGUUGGGGUGAGCCACACGCAGGGCAGUUGGAGAAGGAGUCGCUUCUGUUCCGUGUCAGUUUGUUUCUUCCAAGUCGGAAAAUGGCGAUGCUAGAUGAGCCAGUGGUGAAUUCACCUAUAUCUCCUCCAAACUCAUACGGCGCUGUAGUACUCGGCGGAACCUUUGACCGGCUACACGACGGCCAUCUCCGUUUCCUCAAGGCCGCAGCGGAGCUGGCAAAGGACCGGAUUGUGGUUGGUGUCUGCGACGGUCCUAUGGUGACAAAAAAACAGUAUGCCGAAUUGAUACAACCCAUUGAGGAAAGGAUGCAUAAUGUUGAAAAUUACAUAAAGUCAGUUAAGCCUGAGCUGGUUGUACAAGUUGAAUCUAUGACAGACCCUUAUGGCCCUUCAAUUGUUGAUGAAAAGCUGGAUGCUAUAGUUGUGAGCAAGGAGACAUUGCCAGGUGGGCUUUCAGUUAAUAAAAAGAGAGCAGAACGGGGCCUUUCGCAGCUAAAGGUUGAAGUCGUCGAUCUUGUUUCAGAAGGAUCCACCGGAGAUAAGCUGAGUUCAACAACGUUCAGAAAGAUUGAAGCUGAGAAUGCCAAAAGCAACGGCUAGCAAGAACAGAGAAUCAGCCUCUCAAGAGUCCUACCAUGUGAAAGAAAUAUGUGACUUUGAAGGCCAGGCAAAAUCACAUCUAAUCGCGGACAAUGUUUAGAAUGGCAUACGUGUGCUAGAAUUUUUAUUCAAGUGUCACAUUUCUUACUUUUAUCCCAAGCUGCUACAGUAGAUUGUCUGUCAAUUCUUUUCAGACAUUUUCCUUCAGGUUAAGAGCGACUCUAAUCUAGGUGCUUUCCGGG